AUGAAAUUCUUCUCUCCAAAACUUGUGCGUAUGCCGCCUUCUGGACGACGACAGCCCAAUUUCGCUUCAAUCACCCUUAGGGACAUCGAUGAGGCUACAUUCACUCGACUGGUGGAGUACGCCUAUCGUCAAGACUACACCGUUCAAGUUCUCAAAGCCCGCACCUUUGCCUCCGAUGAAUUCAGCGUUUUGCCUUCACUCUAUGAGAAGCUCGAGCGGGGAGAUGAGUACGCGGAGAACGGAUCGUUCUUCCACGAUUCUGGCAUGAAUUUCCUUCGUGAAUAUAAAGGCUUUUACAUAAUGCUUGACCAAUCGAUCCACAAAGAAGCUCUCGAGACAAAGAAACUCCCUGGCCGCUACGUUCGCUUUGACACCCUCAACGCCCACAUCGCCCUUUUGAACGUGGCGCACACAUACGGUAUUCAACCUUUGAAGAAUCUUUGCAAAGCGCACUUCCGCGAAUGCCUGCUUUCCAUGCCUCUCAAUAGGUACACCGUGGCUGAUCUGUUCACUGUCUAA